AUGAUUGCUAAUGAAACAUUCAAUUAUUUUUAUGUUGAAGAUGAUGCAAAUGGACUGGUAGGUAAUCUUUCAGCAUCAUCAUCUGCUUCAUUACUGAAAGAAAAACUUAAUGAUACGUAUUUAAGUGAUAGACAUGAAAAUAGUGAAGAACAACAUGUAUCUUUAGCACUCCAAAUGACAACGUCAAUUCAACCAACAUCGAUGAAAUCAACAUCGGCUAAAUUCAAAGGAAUCUAA